AUGGCUGUGACGGUCCCGGCAAAGGCAUUGGCUGUGGACCCUGGUGUUGGAGCGGCUGCAGAAGGGCACCACCCUGAGUGCUAUGGCGACCGCGCCCUUUUGGCACCACUGCAAACGGUGCACAAGUCGAGGGGCGCCCUAAGCCUUCAACACAUCCUGAGCCACAGGCACUGCGCCGACACUUUGGGAGAAACUGCUCCUUGCGGUACAGGCCCUUGCGAAUUUGGUGAGUCUUCAAACUGCAUCUUGAGCAGCUGGAGUGAGUGGAGCGCUUGUAAUGUUGCUGACGAGAAGCGCCGCACGCGAAAAGUGGCACAACACGCGGCGGCAGCUGGCCAGGCUUGCAAGGGCUCGCUUGUGGAGGUUCUUGCGUGCUUUGAAGCAUCCACGCCCCCAAGUGCAAGUGACUGUCAGCUAAGUGACUGGUCUGAGUGGCAGCUCUGUGAUCGAUCAUGCGGAGGUGGUCAGACGAUUAGGAGUCGAAGCAUCGCCGCUCAUGCUGCAGCUGGCGGAUCCAUGUGCACUGCCGCCUUGCAGGAAACGCUUGCAUGCAAUACGGGGUCGUGCAGCCUCUACCAUCAGCCUUGCAGACCUUCAGCUUGGUCUGAGUGGGGAGCAUGUUCGUGUGCGCCUGGAAGUGCAACGAGGACUCGAUCAUAUGUCGAGGCGGAUGCAGGUGGACAAGCCUGCGAUUUGGUCCUCGCAGAAACGAGACCAUGUCAGACGGACCAGGAAAGCUGGCAAAAGUGUGAAGUGCAAGACUGCGAGAUCAGUGCAUGGUCUGAGUGGAAGUCUUGCACCAAGUCUUGUGAGGGUGGUAUGACAGAGCGAGACCGUCGCGUAGUGAAGCAUGCUUCUGUGGGUGGACAACCCUGCAAUGUUGCACAGAAUCAACUCAUGGAGGUGAAACCAUGCGGAGAAGGAAGUUGUGAUGUCGUCAAAGAUUGCGAAGAUGGUGCUUGGGGCGAAUGGGGAGGCUGGUCAGAUUGCACCAAGUCUUGUCGUGGUGGCUUCCGUCUUGCACAUCGGAGGGUGGCCAAGGAGGCAAACCAAUGUGGCAAGCCUGCUGAAGGGGUGGCAACAAAAAUUGAGAGUUGCAACGACGGUAUUCAUUGCUCCGGAUCUGUGGACUGUGAACUCACAGAAUGGACCCGCUGGUCAGAUUGCGACAAGCCAUGCUCGGGGGUCCGAGAAAGAAGCAGAGGCAUCAAGGUACAUCCGAAGGAUGGGGGAGUGCCUUGCGGUUCUCAGGAGAAGGCAACAAGCCUCUCCGAGAUGGAGCACUGUCCACCAGAACCAGGCACAACCUGCGACAACCCACCUCCAGAGGGGUGCAAAUUUGGUGACUGGUCUGAAUGGUCUGACUGUUCAGCAACGUGCGAUGGUGGUCAAAUGUCACGAAGCAGGAAGGUCUUGCCUGGUCCAGAUGGAUCUAUGUCCCCCUGCGAGGGCAAGACGCUGGAAUUGGCACCAUGCAACACUAAAACCUGCGGUGACAAGGUUGACUGCCAAUAUGGUCUGUGGAGCAAUUGGGGGAACUGCACCAAGUGCGGCGGUCAGAGAUUUCGCUCAAGAAGUAUCAUGCAGCACCCAUCGUUUGGUGGGAUGGAGUGCCAGGCGUCUGAAACAAUGCAAACAACCAGGUGUCCUCGUGAGUGUGGCGAGCAAUUGUACUGGUGUGCAUGGAGUGAGUGGACAAAAUUCUCAGCGUGUACGAAGACUUGUGGCGCGGGCAACCAUGUCCGCCAGCGCACCCUGGCGAUGACGGACAAAAGGCCAUCUAGUCCCCUUGCAGUGGCAUCUUCUAAAAAGGACUGUAAAGGAAGCGUGUCGGACGUCCAGCCGUGCGACUUGCCAGCUUGUGAGGCUUGUGCGCCGAAGGAUUGUGAGUUGAGCGGAUGGUCUGAGUGGAGUACCCCUUUUUGCGAGGGCAUUUGUACUCGCCAUCGGAGGGUUGCGGUUCCAAACAAUGAGUGUGGCAAGCCAUGCGAGGGGACACUGAAGAGUACAAAGCCGUGUGAGGCGAAUUGCCACGACAAGGACUGUGUGCUCGGUGAAUGGAGUUCUUGGUCAGCAUGUGCAUCGUCCCUGGACAACAAGUACCGGUCCAGGCAGGUACUGGAGCCAGGAGCUUUCAACGGAAAGGCUUGCUCCUUGAAUUCCCUCAACGAGACUGCUUCUUGCUUGACUGGGCCAAAUGCGCCCGUCGACUGCAGCUUUACAGAGUGGAAAGAAUGGAAUGAAUGCUCACAUUCGUGCGGAAAUGGACAGCAGUCUCGCUCAAGGGCGGUUGCAACACAGGCCUCCAAAGGUGGGAAGGCUUGCUUGGGCAGCUUGAAGUCUCUUAAGCGAUGCAAGAUCCGACCGUGCGCCGAGAAAUCGAUUGGCAUCGACUGUAGUUGGGAGCAAUGGUCUGAGUGGCAGGAGUGCGAUGGAAGUCAGCAGGUGCGAAGGAGAGAAAUCAUCCAUCCAGCAGAUGCUGUGGGAGAACCUUGCCAAGGUGUGCAGGUUGAAACCAAAGGCUGUGGGAAGGACGUGACAUUGCCGAGCGAUUGCGAUGCUGAUGUCUUUUCUGCCUGGAGCGAGUGGAGUCCAUGUCCCAAGAGCUGCGGAGGAGCACAAAGUUCGCGAUCCCGGAUCAUCAAGCCCCAUAUGCAUGGAGGUCUACACUGCUCGGGCACACUGCUAGAAACGCAGCCUUGUGGACAGGUUUCAUGUCCGAAUUCUCCAAAUACGGUGUGUCAGUACUCUCAGUGGUCAAGGUGGAGUCAAUGUUCUGUUUCUUGCGGAGAAGGAUACAAGGAAAGAUCGCGCACAAUUGCACUUCCAGCUCUUGGAGGUGUUGAAGGAUGUGCUGGCAUGCUGAUUCAGGCUGAUCAAUGCACUUCUCCCCCGUGCCACGAUGGUGUUGACUGUGUGUGGGGCAACUGGAAUGAGUGGUCCGAUUGUGUGCCUGCACCUACAGAGUGUGGUAUCGGGUACAAACGUCGCAACCGCAGCAUCGCUACUAUGCCAUCCCGCAGCGGUGCUCUUUGUGAUCCAAAGCCAUUCGAAGAGGUUAUGCCUGUGAGUGGCUGCAGGGGGCAGGCUAUGUGCUGCGUGGAUGGUGAAUGGCAUGAUUGGCAAGACUGGGGAGGGUGUACUGCGUCAUGCGGCUCUGGCACUCGAAAGAGGCUCCGCGUAAACAAGACCCAGGUCAUCAAAGAAGGUUCGUUGUCCAACUGCAGAGAUCCGGUGGCAAUCAUUAGAUCAAGAGCAUGGAACGGUUGCUUGCAGGUGCAUCGAGAUUGGAUGGAAGCCCAUCAAGAAUCCUCUGUCGAUGAUCUCAUUGAUGCCUUUAUGGCCAAAAAUUCAAACUGGAUAAAUGAGGAAGCAGAGGAGCUGCUCAGAUCACUGGACUUUGAAGUCGCAUGGAAAGUUGUCGAUUUUGGAUCUAUGUAUGGCUGCCGGGACUCGGUUGCUAUUGUCAAGACAAGGAUCAAAGAUGCCAAGGCCGGAAAAAAAGUCGGGAAAGGAUUCAGAGGUUACGGACCUAGGGAAGGAAGGGAAGGAAGAGAAGGAAAAGGCAAAAGUUUAAACGAAGGUGAGGAGAAACCACAGGAGGAGAGGAGCAGACCAGGAGAUGCCAAAGGAAAUGCCAAAGGAAAGUCCAAGGCGAGGCGACGGCCUGGAAAGAACGGAAAGGAAGAUCGCUCGGGAGAUCCUCAUGAAAAAGCUCUGCAUGAAGAAAGAUCUUUGCUUUGCCUUGGCUUGCCCGCACUUUGGACUACGGAACAGACCAAAGACUUUUUCAGCAAGUAUGAAGGUGAGGUGGAAGCUGUCUACAUGGGUGGACUACGAGGGAAGGGUGUUCGCACUUCUUCGAUUGACUUCACCACCGCAGAGGGGGCAAGAAAUGCAGCUUUAGCAUGUGACAGGAUGGAAAUCAAAGAUGGAGAAGACACUUUCUACCUCAUUUGCAGCAUCAGGUACAAGGUAGAAGGAACUCUUGGAAGCAGAAUGACCUUUCCAGGACGAGCAGGAGGAGAGGGGGAUGGGAAGCUAGCACAAUCAGAAGGCCGAAGUGUUUACCUUUCCAAGAUUCCUCUGGACACAAGCGAAGAGCAGAUCACAGAGCUCAUUGAAGACUUCGGAGAGGUCGAGGCCGUGUACAUGCUACCAUCCAAUGGUUUCAAUAUGGCUUGCUUCGUCUCAAUGGUCAGUCCUGGAGAAGCUGCAUUUGCAAUUAGAGGCCUCAACAAUGCGCAGGCAUUCGGAACUAUAAUUUCUGCGAGCUAUCCAAUUGAAAAGAACCUCAAACGCAAGAAACCGCAUCCAGAGGAUGAAACGAUUCCAUGGUACCCAGUCGAGCUUCGGAAUUUUCCACACUGGACACUUUGCGAUGACAUCAAAGCAACCAUUUUAUCCCUUGGUCCUGCUUCGCAAAGAGUCAGAGUCAUACACUAUGAUCCGGAGCCAUCCUUGAGUGUGGCGCGUGCCUAUUUCAGAGAAGAAGAAGAUCGUGAUGCCACUCUAAAGGCCCUGGCAGGGCAUGAGAUCUCGCCUGGCUACAUCUUGAAUGCUGCUGCCCUUCCAAGGCUUCAGUCACACCCCCCAGCCCAGCCAGCCGUUGCCGCCUGGGCAGCCUGGUGGGAGCCUGAGAGCUUCUGUGGGAAGCCUCCUGCUGGCUCCAGUGUGGAGUACGAGGAGUGUUCAGCCCAAGCCUGUGAAGUUGAUGUGGACUGCGAAUUUGGCCAGUGGUCAACUCCCUCAGCCUGCUCAGCUGCUUGCCACGGCCAGCAAAUCAGUUCUCGGAGCAUUGCUCGGAACAGCACAGGCAAAGGUGCACCCUGUGUCGGGGCGAUGGAGCGCUCCGUCCAGUGCAACCCAGCGGAGGGAGAGCCGACACCAUUUUCAUGCCAGGACAAGAGCAACCAUGCGAGUGGCGCACAAGACUGUGUCAUGAGUCAAUGGUCCAAUUGGUCGCCAUGCUCAGCAACAUGCGAAAAGGGCUACUCUGUAAGAGCUCGCAACAUAGAGGUUGGUCCGCAGAGAGGUGGUAAGUCUUGCCCUUCAGGGAUCAAGGAGACCCAAAAUUGCAAUCCUGGCAUUCACUGCUUCGAGGGUAGGGUGAAUUGCGUGUGGGAAGCAUGGACAGCGUGGACUGAGUGCGAUGCCUUUGACAAAAAGACUCGCACGCGAGGCUAUGCCCGCCACGCUGCAAAUGGUGGCCUCGAUUGUGAGGGCAGCUUCCGCGAUGUCACCGGGUGCAGUAAGGGUGGGACAGAAGUUUGUGCUGUCGCAUGGUACAAUUGCUCAUGGAGCGGUUGGUCUAGGUGGUCUUCAUGUUCUGCGACUUGUGGUAGAGGAGGAGCGCGCAACAGAGAGCGGCAGCUAAAAGUAACAGAUAUCUCAGAUCCAUCUUCAAGCCACUUCAGCGGCAAUCAUCAACUGAAUGUGCCUGUGAGCGCAAGCCCGCCAAGUCUAGCAUCUCCUGUAUUUGACAGGCCAGACGAAACUUUGAACUUUGAUGACUUCAAGUGUUCGGACAACGUCUAUUGGAGGGACCGGUGGCCUGAUACCGUGAGACAGUACUGCUGUGAGUCAGAGCAAUUGUGUGAGGACAGUCAAUUGAUUUACGCUGAAGAUGCUGAAGAUGCCAGGCCAAGCUCCUUGAGCUCACAAGGUGACUGGGUUGAGGAGCUUUCUUCCCCGUUGCCAGAUGCUGUAGUGAGACGAUAUGAUUUGGCGCUGCUCAAAGACAAGGUGCUUGCAGCUGAAGCUCAGCACACUCGAGACGCUUUGUCUGCACUUGCGCACGCUCUUUCAGCAGAACUGAAACUCUUCCCCGGUGCCUGGGAGGGGCUGUGGAGCUGGGAGGGCCUGUGCAGUGCAUGCCUGGUUUUUGCAGACUCAGCGCAGAGGCUUGCAACUGGGAAGAGUAGCUCUUGUGGCUUUCCCGCUAGUUCGGAGCCGUUGAUGAGAGGCAACUUUUCCGUCUAUGUCUUGUGUCUUCUAUAUCUGGUUUGGUCCGUCAGUUCGCACGAAAUCUGCAACAGCACCCGAGCCAUCCAAGUGACUCUUUCCUUCCAUGAACAACCAAGAGUGGUGCAAAGAGGUCAGGGUGAUGCAAUAUGGGCCUUCACGCCAGCUGCACAGGACACAGCGAUCGUGGUGACUCCCUCGAACAGCUCAAUCGACCCCGACAUGAGGCUUUACAUUUUAUCGCCAACCACAAGUUGUUUGCCAGUGUUCACUUCGCAGGAGUUUGGCGGGGAGUACAUGCGCAUUCACCCAAAUUUGACGAAGGCGUUCAAUGUGACACAAUACUUUUUGCAUGUGAAUUGCAGAGGAAAGGAGGGAUGUGAGUACCAUCUUGCCUUCUCGCAGCUGGAGGAUGAUUGGCAGGAGCUCACGGCUGGACAACAACACCCAGGUAUUGCCUACCACGGAGUUCCUUCUCACUUCAAGUUCGUUUGUGGGAAGAAGUGUAAAGAAGAUAUGGAGACUGGAAAGAAGGAACGCAUCACUUUCAGUGCUUGGCCACGGGAUGCGACUUCGACCAAGCAUUUACUGCUUUUGGUUAGAUUCGGCAAGCCCCCCAUGGCGGCUGAUGAGCAUUUAAAUGCAAGCAGGGGGUGGUUCAGUGGCGAGGUGGCCAGUGAUGACAUCAAGGAAGGAACAUACUACAUCACUGUCAUCAAGAGGCAUGGCUUGGUGCCAAUUCCGUUUGUUGUCUCAGUCACUUUGCCACAUUCGAUUCAAUGGUUGAAGCUGGGAAGACCAACAUUCGGUGUUGUGAAGAAGAACAGUGCCAGCUUUUACAAGUUCUAUGUGGACAGUGCUGACACAGACAUCGAGGUGUAUUUGACAAAGCUUGAUGGAGAUCCUGACUGUGCAAUGUCCCAUGAGGAGGUGAACCAGAGACCUGCUCACCUGACCUCUCAAUGGCGCUCAGCAACUCAAGGAGAUGAUGAAAUCAUAGUUGCAUCAGAUGAUCCGAAGCGAAGGCUUCAUCCGACUGGUUGGUUUCACAUCGGGGUCCACAGUGCGGAGGAUGCAACGUUCUCAAUCAUUGCCUUCGCAGAGAAGCACUUGCGUCCAGCGGCUGAAGACAUUGACCAGGGCAAGGAUGGCUACGUCAUUGAAUGGACAGAGCUGUGGCUUGGACUCCCCCAGGCCAUGGGUGUUCAGCCUGGACGACCAGCCAACUUCCUUUUCUUCAGCCGGUUGGUCAGGGGCAAAGUGAAUGUGACAAUUAUAUAUAAUUAUAUAUAUACACAUGAAAUAUAUUGA